AUGGAUCUUGGUGGUAACCAGCGUGAGGUUGAUCGUGCCCGUAAUGCCAAGAAGCAGCAGGCAGGUAAAAAGAAGCAGGAAGGAAAUCCUACCAAGCGUCUUGAAGCUCAGGCAGAAAUCAUGAGAGCAAAACAACGUGCUGCUGAUGAAAAAAAGGCAAAUGGCGGUGCCAAAAAGAGUACUCAAUCGUUUUUAGUUGCAAUUAAAUUAAUACUAUUUGCCGUUCUUUGUGAUAAUCCAUCAUUCGUCUCGUAUUCUUUCUGGAAUUAA